UAAUUUAUUAUUUUGAUUGACCGAAUUCGACUGAAUUCGGCCGUGAUUACGGUAAUUAGGCGAUUACUAUUCUUUUACAAUGAACUUUGAAAUAAUAUGAGGAACUGAUAACGAUAGUGUCAAGUGUACACUAUUACGAAUUUUAAUUUAAUGUUUACUUGCAAAUUAUCUACAAUUCUAUGAGCUAAAGAAAAAAAAUUGUAUUUGAUUAAGUUUAUCAAAGUUUCGAGUGUCGCAUUUAUAUCACCAGUUUAUUUUAUUUUUUUCUAAAUUGUAUUUAAAAAUGAGUCUAGUCGAAAACGAGUGGUAUAUUGAAGCCCCGUGGGGUAAAUUAUGUGUGGUCGCAUGGGGAGACUGCACCCAGCCACCGGUGCUGUUGGUGCACGGUAUGUUGGACUCGGCUGCAACAUUCCGACCUCUUGUGUCCUUACUACCUGAUAAAUUUUACUAUGUAGCAAUCGAGCUGCCCGGUAACGGUAAGUCGGACCGCUUACCACCCGGCAUGAUGAUCAACGUGUACGAUCUUGUUUACUGCGUGGCGCUGGUGAUCAGACACUUCAGGUGGGAGCAGGUCACUUACAUUGGACACUCCCUAGGAUGUCAUAUUGGUAUGAUAUUCAACGCGUGUCGCCCUGGUGUUAUUUCAAAGUUAAUUGAAUUGGACCCAAUGUAUCGAGUCGCUAUUGUACUGCCGUCGGAAUUCUCUCGAUGGUACAGAAAAAUGUUCACAUCGUAUUACGAGAAUUACGAAAAAUACAAUGCACCCAAGGAGACCGCGCCCACCUAUACUGUCGACGAGGCGUUGAGAGCGCUGAAGGAAACCCGGGGGCUGACGCAGUCCGCGGCGGCCGCCACCCUCGAGCGACUCACGGAACGGCUGGCCGAUGGCCGUGUGCGCUUCACCUACGAUCAAAGAUUCAAACUGAUAACACUCAGACCGUUCUCGCCUGAAGAGUUUAAAGCUGCCCUUACGAAAGUAAGCAUUCCAAUCCUGGCUGUGCUUUGCAAAGGUUCAGUCGAGCACAAAGGUUAUGAGUACAGCGAGUUUAUAUUCGACGAGGGCAGUUUCCCGGAGAAAAAUUACCGGGCACGGACAGUAGAGGGCGGGCAUGACACUCAUUUCAAUGAGCCGAAACGCGUCGCGCCGUACGUGAGUCAGUUUUUAGUCUAUGGUUUAGAAGGUGUCGACAGGGACGCCAAACUGUGAUAACUUUUUUUUUUUGUAUAUAGCUAUUAAAACGUAUAUUACGGAUUAGUCUACAAUUGUUGAAAUAGUAAUAAGAAUAGAACUUACGAUGGGAUAAAUUUAAUUGUGAAGUGGUAAUACUUGACAUGAUGGCAAUACUCAGUCCUCAGAUUUGGUAUUGCCACAUACUAAAAUAAAUUUUGCCGGAAAUGCGAUAAUUGUGUGAUUAAUAUUUUAUUGAAGUAUACACAGUGACAAUUUAAAUGGUUAUUUUUAAAAAUAUGCUGUUUUUAUACGUGAUAUAUUAAUAAAAAGAAAACGGGGUACAAUGUAAGCGGCCUAGAAACUCUUAUCACUAGAGGGCGGCACAUUCAUACUUAUAUGUGUAUAAUAGUUUGUAUAAAUAAAAAAAAAGAGUCGCUUUUAUUUACGUCCACAUUGAAUGUCCAAAUGAAUUCAUGAAUCGUCAUAAGACGUCCGUAAACGAUCAAGUGGGUUGAGCCAAGCAUGGAUAUGUUGCUAUAUACAAGAUAUAGCUGUUCCAUCUUUGCCUUUAAUAGCGUUCAUAAAUUUGGUUCACCGAAGUGUGGCAACAUCUAGACAUGGGUAAUGUUGAUACCGAUCCGAUAUCUAUAUAUUGGGUUCCUAUGGAUCUAUUUAUGAUAGAAAAGAGGUCAUCGCCCAUUCCGAUAUCGCCCAUAUCGGUCGGAUAUCUAUUUUUUAAGUCUGUUAUCCAAUAUUAUUUUUGUGGAUAACAGACUUUUAACAUAUUCGUUAUUGUACCAAUAUAUAGAUAUUGUAUAACUAAAGUAUAUAGGUACUACUAUAUAUUAUUCAUCCCUGGCAACAUCGCAAUUAUCUGUCAAUUUUCAAAAGCAAUUCAACAAUUUUCAAUGUUUUUGAUUGAUUAUAAAAAAAUAUUUUGCUUGCAUAUUAAAAUAUUUAUUGUAAAAUAUAUUGCAUUUGAAUCUACCAAAAAAAAAAUUGCACCUACUUCAUAUUUUGCUUUGUUUUUCAACUACAUUUACGAGAGAGAGACUGUACAAAAAUCGUUUGCUUGGACACCUCUGUCCCAUUCGUGUUUCAACCGUGAAGCAGUUGUGUUUGUAUUGCUGUGUUUCGGUUUGAAGGGUGAGAUAUGGGGUGAAUUUACUGGGUACAGAGGAAUAACACCUGAGUCCUCAGGAAUGGCAAGGCAUGGGGGAUGUAUCAUGGGCGAAACAGUAUACUCUGUUAUGUCCGUGGUACUGCUCGUGUCUACAGGCGACGGUUACCACUUUCCAUCAGGUGGGCCGUCAGCCUGUUUGCCAUUCUAAGUUGUAUAAAAAAAAAGUCUUGCUUGGCCACCUCUGUCCCAUUCGUGUUUCUACCAUGAACAAGUUGUGUUUGCAUAGCUGUUUCUGACUGGUAGAGAAUGCUACUAGCAUUAAGUCCGCCUUUAUGCCAUAUUUUAUUUUGUUCAAUAAAGUUAUUUAAAUAAAUAAAUAGUUGCGAUGUUGCCACAUAACAAAAGUUAUGAACAUUGUAACAUGUGAGUUCCAUUCUUAUUUUAUUUGUACUAUAUGCGGGUACUUAUAGAAAAAAAAAAUAUAGAUAACAUAAAUUGUUAUGUUAACUGUAUAUUGAAAAGCCAAUAAAUUUGACCUUCAAAAUACAUUAUUAUACAGUAUAAUCUCGAUUAUCCGGAUCAAAUAAAAUCAGUGGUAUUCCGUAUAAUCGAAAAUCCGUAUAAUCGAUUUUAAAGUCAAAUCGAACAAUAAUUAAAUUUUAAUAUAUAUAUAUAUAUAUAUAUAUAUAUAUAACAGGUUUUUUUAUGGGUAUAAAUGGUAUGGUAACCCCGCCUGCGCUAACGGUAUACGCUGGCGGAGCACCAGUGAAGGAUGAUCGAUGAGAAUGAAAACAGGCCAGUUAGCCCAUCAUGAUGAAUUCAUCAGGAAUUAACCAUGAUAGUUUCCGGGGAGAACCGCGAGAAGAUCGACCUGGUUGGGUAUAUUGCUAGCAAUGGGAUUCUCAGUCUCCAUUGCUAACAAUCCCUUUCCCCCCAUAUAACAGGUUUUACGUACGCCAUUUAGACAAUAUGAUAUUAAAAAAAAAUUACGAUCUAUAAUGACAAUGGAUUAUAGGUAUUACAGCUAUGUAGUUUAAAAUUUUGGUUAAAUAUAAUUACGUAGUAAUAAUUCUUUGACGUAUCGAAUUACAUUUCCUCAUUGCAGUCGAGUCCCUGAUGCGCUUCUGUUGUAACAACUGUAUGGGAUCCGAUUAGUUCUGUCCUGUCCGGAUAAUCGAAUAUUCGGAUAAACGAUAUCCGGAUAAUCGAGAUUCUACCGUAUGUAAUGUUUGUAAAUAAAACCCAACGCCCCUAUUCAUAAAAACUAAAAUCGACUACAAAUCAAUUUUAAAUAUUACACUCUUUUGUCACUUUCUCUCAGUAUGGUAAUUUGAUUAAAAAAAAAAGAGACAAAAGCAGUUCACUUGCUAAAAUAGGUUUGUGAAAGGUUAAACGUUUUUAUGAAUAAGAGAGUUGAAUGUGGCAACAUUCGAAUUAUCUGUCAUUUUGCAAAAACGAACAAUUUUCAAUUGAAGUAUUAACAAAAUAAUCCUGUUAAUAUUAUUAUAUGUAAAAGUUCUUCAAAAAAGGGGAUAAAGAGGUUCCUUCAGGGUCGGCAACGUGCGCGCAAUGCGCCAUGGUAUUGCAGGCUGUGGUAACUACUCUCCAUCAGGUGGGCCGUAUGCUUGUUUGCCAACUCAGUGGUAUAAUAUAUACAAUAAUUACAUAUUUUAUGUACACAUAUAUAAUACAUUAUAGGGGAAAUGAAGCAGCGGGGAGGCGUCCUGAUAAGCGUUAUCAGUAGAUGAAUUUUGUCCAAGAUACAAGAACGUUAUUAUCGAAUUACCACAGAGCAAAGGUCGUUAUAAACUUGUCACUAACUCAAUAAAAUAUGAAAUCGACAGAUAAAAAAAAAACAACAAUGCCAUAUUAUGUUAAACUUUAUUUUUCAUUAUAAACAAGCGAGUCGUCCAGUUUUCGUAUGUUUUUUUUUU